GCAACAAUGGUUUCAAUGAUGGACGUCGAACCAAGCAAAGGACAAAUCUGUGAUAGUCGUCCGACAUUGGUGCAAAGUGCCGUAAGUCAGCGCUCUGUGGAGCUCGUCAUGCCGCCCCGCACGCCCGAGGCGGAAGUCACGAAGAGGACGCUGAAGCUCAACCUGAAGAGUGCGUAUCCGGUGGCCUCGACACCGCCUGGCGGCCAGGCGGAGAAGGGAAAGACCGCGAUUAAGUCACCAAAAUCGCCACUUGGGAAUUCAGGUGUGACAAUGGGGAAUCGCGUGCUACCCCAUCAGACUUCAUUAACGGCACAAAUAGACUUGGUGGAGGAUCGAAAGGCACUUCGUGACGCUCUUUAUCAGGGCAUUUUCCAUCGACACCGACGAACCAUUUUUGCACUUGGCAGUUUUAUUAGGAUGCUUAAGACACGAAAUUCCUCCUACAACACCAUCAGAAGCUCAUCAGAAGGUGAUGAGGAAGGCAGAUAAAAUAUUUUCGAUGGAUUAAUUUAAUCACACACAUACACACACACACAUUGGGAUGCAAUAACAAAAGGAGGCAACAAGGACUCUUCCUCAUCCCAUCGCGCCAUCGAUCUCUUGAGUGUGUGCAGAAUUUCUUGCGCAAUUUCAUCCAUCUGUGCCCGCAUUAUCUUUGCCUCCUAAGCGCUAACAUUGUGCAUUAUCGAGCAUUAAUUAUGCCACAACUUUGGGUCAUCGCGCGAGAUAACACGGAGAAAACAUGAAAAACUUCCAAGUACGUAAGAUUAAUUGGUGAAAAAUGUCUUUUUUUGUAUGUUUGACGCAAAGUAAACACAAGUGUGUGAAGAAACGUUGUUGAAUAAUAUUAUUUUGCCGUAGUAUUAAGGCUUUACCAACAAUAUUAUGAGGAGUUAUUGCAAGUUUGUAUCUGUAUAAAGGAUUAUAUAUGCGAAAAUUUACCCUAAGUUAGUCUCUAAGCAUGGUUUGAUGAUUUAAGCAUUAGAGAUUGAGAAGAACCCACACGAUUUUUAACGUAUCACAGACCAAGUAUAUGAUAAAAAAAACUUCACCAGAGUGGAUAGAGUCAUGAAGAACACCUUGUUUAGCGUAAAUUUAAUACUGAAUACCGCGAAUAUUUGUAUUGAUAAAGGAGCUUAUUAUAUACACGAAUAAAAGGAUAAAUAGUCAUUGAUAUAAAACGUUAUACUGAAAUGAUUUUACUUGAAGAAAGAGUGCGGUUAAAGUUUUUAAAGUAUGAAUUGCAUUGGGUUCAACUAACAAUAGCGUAGCGUGAGGAGAUGAUAUUGUAAAUUAUAGGGGAAGAGAGAGUUAC